GGUGCUAUGGGAAGCUUCAUGAUGCCCACGCUGUACGGACCGAUGAUGUACCCACCGAUGCCGACAUCCACUCCGGCGGUGCCCUCGACUUCCCUCAAGAGCAUCUUGCCGUCCGCAACAGGGCAGUCCAUGCUGAUGGUGCGGGGCGUGCCCCCGACGUGCAUGCGCUCAGAUGUGAUCGACACGAUCAAUGAGCAAUUCGCCAAGCUUUACGACUUCCUGUUCUUGCCACCCGACACUAAGUUCCAGGGCAACAAGGGCAUCCUCUUCAUCAAUUUCCGGUUGACGGAGAAGGCGGAUGAGUUUACGAAGGCUUUCCACGAGAAGAAGGUAUCCGAAUGCUUCCCCAAGGGCGCCACCCCAGCUGAAGGCGAAGCUGAGCAAGGCGAAGAUGAAAAGACUUGCUCGGUGGAGAGCGCGAAGGUCGAGAUCGUCGAGGGCAUCAUCUCGCGCGCGCAGAUGGCGCCGCCCCCGGCGAGGCAGGGCGUGGACCGCUCCAAGUGGCAGCCGCUCCUCUUCGCACCCGACGGCGAGCCCCUAACGUUCCCGCUCAUCGCGUCGCCAGGCUUGCAGUCGGGCGCGAAGACGCCGAAGGCGGCGAAGACGCCGAAGGCAGCGAAGGCCGAUGAUCACGCCACCAGCUUCGACCCGAUCUCCCGGUGCGAUGCCUGCCGAUCCUGGCCCGAGGCGGACGCACCGGCCAGCCCUGGGACCGCCGCGGGCGACGAGGCCGCGGCCGCUGACGAGCCCGCCGCGGAGGGAGCCACGGAGGGCGCGGCGCCGGCGGAGGCGCCGAAGGUUAGCGCCAUACUUGUGCUGCUUGCGCCGUAG